GCCACAUUAUUAUUUGUGUGCAUUGUUGUCCACUCUUCAAUUCAGUGCAUUUUAUAGUAGGGCUCAUUAUGAGAUUGCAGGUUGGGACGAUGACGGCUCGAUUGUACUGCUCAUUGAUUGUGGUUUUAUGUUGUCUUUCUGGAUACUUGAGCACAACAGAUGGUACUCAAGGACAAACUGCAGCAAAGCCAGGAGAGUGUCCACCUCAAACAUCUGGAAGCUUGUUUAAUGGGUCCUGUAACAGUGACUCUGACUGUCCCAACGAUGAGAAGUGCUGUGGAAGUGGACAUUACUGUACAGCUCCUUAUACAGUGAAGCCGGGUCAGUGUCCCAAACCGCAGAGCGUUCCAGAAUGUGCUGACAUCUGUUUCCAUGAUGGCCAGUGUCCUGCCACACAGAAAUGUUGUCCAACCACCUGUGGCCAUGCAUGUAGUGAACCAAGUGUUCAGGAAAGUGAUCAGGAAAGCAGUCCGCAAAGUGGUCAGGGAAGUGGUCAGGGGAGCGGUUAUGGUCAGGGAAGCGGAUAUGGUUAUGGUCAGGGAAGUGGUUAUGGUAGUGGUCAGGGAAGUGGUUAUGGUAGUGGUCAGGGAAGUGGUUAUGGUCAAGGAAGUGGUUAUGGUCAGGGAAGUGGUUAUGGUAGUGGUCAGGGUAGCGGUUAUGGUCAGGGAAGUGGUUAUGGUAGUGGUCAGGGUAGCGGUUAUGGUCAAGGAAGUGGUUAUGGUCAGGGAAGUGGUUAUGGUAGUGGUCAGGGUAGCGGCUAUGGUCAAGGAAGUGGCUAUGGUCAGGGUAGUGGUCAGGGAAGCGGAUAUGGUCAAGGUCAGGGAAGUGGUUAUGGUCAGGGAAGCGGAUAUGGUCAAGGUCAGGGUAGUGGUCAGGGAAGCGGUUAUGGUCAGGGACAGGGAAGUGGUCAGGGUAGCGGUCAAGGUAGUGGUCAGGGAAGCGGAUAUGGUCAGGGUAGUGGUCAAGGAAGCGGUUAUGGUCAAGGACAGGGAAGUGGUCAGGGUAGCGGUCAAGGUCGUGGUCAGGGAAGUGGACAGGGUAGCGGUCAGGGAAGCGGUCAGGGUAGUGGACAGGGAAGCGGUCAAGGUCAGGGACAGGGUAGCGGACAGGGUAGCGGUCAGGGUAGCGGUCAGGGUCGUGGACAGGGAAACGGUCAGGGUAGCGGUCAAGGUCAGGGACAGGGUAGCGGUCAGGGAAGUGGACAGGGUCGUGGACAGGGUAGCGGUCAGGGUAGCGGUCAAGGUCAGGGACAGGGUAGCGGUCAGGGAAGUGGACAGGGAAGCGGUCAGGGUCGUGGACAGGGAAGCGGUCAAGGUCAGGGACAGGGUAGCGGUCAGGGAAGUGGUCAGGGUAGUGGUCAAGGUCAGGGACGGGGUAGCGGUCAGGGUCGUGGACAGGGAAGCGGUCAGGGUCGUGGACGGGGUCGCGGACAGGGUCGUGGUCAGGGUCGCGGACAGGGAAGUGGUCAGGGUAGCGGUCAGGGACAGGGAAGUGGACAGCGUCGUGGACAGGGUGGCGGUCGUGGACAGUGAAGCGGUCAGGGAUGUGGACGGGGAUGUGGGAGACGUGGUAAUUGAAAUGGUCCUGGGCAUUUUGCAUAAUACUUGGAGAUCUCUUCAAUUCAGUGCUUUAUUCAUAUGGCAGGUUUUCCCUGUUUGCUUAAACGGUUUGGAAAGCUUUCUGGUCUGUAUCCCCAGCAGCCUCAAAUAAAUAAAAAUUAUCUGAA